AUGAAGAAGAUCCAGAUUGUUUUCAGUCUAUUGUUUUCACUUUCGGUCUGCCAGGCUCAGUCUAACACCCCUGGGCGGACCCCCUUCCGAAAAUAUACCAUCAAUGAUAUUGUGCCCGUCAAAGACCGGGCUUCUGGACAGAUCAAGUGCUGUCCCACCGGCACGGAGUUUGAUGGCCAUGGUUGCAUUUUGAGCGCGCCUAUCUGCCCUGAUGGUAGCUCUCUUGUUGAAAACAAGUGUGUCUUCCACGGGAAUCCAACUUGUGAUCCUGGAUAUGAGCUUAAGAACGGUCUCUGUGUCACCGCUCAGCCCCCUACCUGCGACCGAGGAACCAUUAUACGCGGAAAUCACUGCGUCCUGGAAGGGGGUGCUAAGUGUGGGCCUGGAUAUUCGCUGAAAGAGAAUGUUUGCGUUGCCCAGGCACCUCCUAUCUGCCCCGAUGGUGAACAUUUCAACGGAAAGUCUUGUGCAUCACUCAACGGACCUCAGUGUAUGGAUGGUGGCAAGCUUGAAGAUGGAGUCUGUGUCGAUAAGGAAUCACCCAGAUGCCCUAAAGGGGCCUCCUUCGACACGACCAGUAUGCGAUGUGUCUUAGAGCAACCUCCGAGCUGCCCAGAGAACACGACUCCUCGAAACGGGCAGUGCACUUUGGACAUUGGUCCCCAGUGCCGGGAUGGCAGCAGCUUCAACCCUAAGACGCAAUCCUGUGCUACUAUCGAGAAGCCCCAGUGCCCACCCGAGACAGAGCUCGAUCUCGAUAAUACGAGGUGUAUCUAUAUUGGUCAAUUGAAGUGUGAAGGGGGCACAACACUUUCCGUCAGCAACACCGCUGGCACUUCACGCUGUUGUCCACCUAAUAUGGCCUGGAACGGAAAGAUCUGUUCUACAAAAGCGAUCGAUGGCAAGUGCCCGGACGGAAGCUCCCCGAUCAAUACCCGGUGUGAGAAGCAUUCCAACCCUCAACCACACUGCCCGCCAAACUUCAAAUUCGAUAAAACUCGCUGUGUUUUACAAGAUCCCCCGCGAUGCCCACCAGAAACCUAUCUGGAUGGAAACCAAUGCACUCUAGUCAAGAAGGCGGAAUGUGCACAGGGAACGGUAUUGGUCGGUGGUGACUGUGUACUUCGAGGGCCUCCUUCUUGUCCACCCAACACCAGUAUCGAGGGAGGCAAGUGUGUAACGGAACCAACUUGUGAUACAAAUGCCAAGUGGGAUGGCAAGCACUGCGGGAGUGAUGCUCGCAUCAGAUGUGAAGAUGGAAUCUACCAAGACGGCUAUUGCAACACUGCGAGUCAGCCCAAGUGCAAGGAGGAUGCCUCAUUCGAUGGUACCCGCUGUGUUUCGAAGACUUCCCCCCAGUGUUCUACAGGAUCUGUACUCAACGGUGAUGGAUUGUGCCUCACUGCAACUCCACCUCAAUGUCCUCCCAAUACUAGACUCCAAGACGGGAACUGUGUCUACGGAAAACCAACUUGCGCCCCCGAGCAACGUCUCGUCAAUGGGCGGUGUGAGAGUUUAGAGGGCCCUGAAUGUCCUGAAAAGUUCUUCUGGAAGCGCGGAAAGUGCACUCGUAUCGUCGAAGAGCAUUGUGAGUCUGGAUUCACCCUUAAGGACGGCCAGUGUAUCUCCAGCGCUACUCCUGAUUGUGGAGAAUUUGGAUUUAAUGGCAAGGCCUGUGUUGGUGCGAAACCUCACUGCCCUGACGGAACCCAUCUCGACGGAGGAGACUGCUUAUUAAACAUCGAUGCCCAGUGUCCCCAAGGAUUCAAAUUCAAUGGCAACAAGUGCAGCGCAGAGAAGCCUCCUCAAUGUCCACCUGGUACCACACUUGACAAGGCGACCCAGGAUUGUGUCUCUGCAACAGAGCCUCGCUGCCCUCCCAACCAGAGAUUCAACGGUAAACACUGUGCUAUUGCGUCUGGCGAGUGCAUGGAAUUCCAGUUCUGUCCUACUGAGUCAUAUGGAAAAGGAUGCCAACUCACCCCCGACGGAGUCAUGUGCAACGGAUCCAAGUUCCAGCAGCAGCCGGAUGUUGAGAAUACCACAAACCCUAGAAUUCCUAUUCAGCCCGACAUUGGCCAACAGAUCCCAGACCAGCAAACUGGAUGGCCUCCGCAGCAACAAGGUAACGCUGAUGGAGUCUGGCACCAGCAGCCACCCACUCAUCAAACCGGAUGGCAACCACAGCAGCAGGGCAACCCUGAUGGAGUUUGGCGCCAGCAGCCACCUACUCAUCAAACCGGAUGGCAACCACAGCAGCAGGGCAACCCUGAUGGAGUUUGGCGCCAGCAGCCACCCACUCAUCAAACCGGAUGGCAACCACAGCAGCAGGGCAACCCUGAUGGAGUUUGGCGCCAGCAGCCACCCACUCAUCAAACCGGAUGGCAACCACAGCAACAGGACAACCCUGGAGUUUGGCGUCAGCAGCCAGCUCAGUGA